AAUAAUAUUUGGAAACGUUUGAAAGUAAACUGACUGUGUGUUUCCUUCAAUGUGACUCAUGUGAGCAUGAUUAUAGAAUCUAUCCAUAUACACGUCCCGAGUCAGUCUCUCUUGGGUCAUGUAACAAAUAAAAAGUCUCACGUUAACCAUUUGCGCAAAAUGUUAAGUGAGCAUCACGCAGCGUUGUGACAUAUCUCUUAUAAACGUCAUUAAAACGAUUGUGAGUCUGCCGUGAGAAAUAGGUAUUAUAAUCGUACGAGCGACCGGUUUAGCUACAAUGGUUGUGAGCAUGUUCGAAAUUCUCUGUGCCGGUGUGGUGAUCUUGUAUUUACUUUAUCAUUAUUUAACCUCCGACUUCGCCUACUGGACAUCGCGCGGGGUUAAUGGACCAAAACCCAUUCCGUUCUUCGGCAACAUCGCCAAUUUUAUGCUCGGCAAUAAUUCUCUGGGUGGUUUCUUCAAAGAAAUUUACGAUCGAUAUCCGAACGAUGCUGUGGUGGGAAUAUUUUUGAGAGGAUCCCCUGCGCUCCUAUUGAGGGAUCCUGAAUACAUCAAACAAGUGCUGAUCAAGGACUUCUCCUCUUUUCCCGAUCGGCUGGGACCAGUUUAUGAGAAGGCCGAUCCCAUAUCCAUGCACCUCUUCAGGCUCGACGCUGUUAGAUGGCGACCAUUAAGAAUGAGGCUCUCGCCCAUCUUCACGUCCGGGAAGUUGAAGGAUAUGUUUCACUUGUUGCUGAACUGUUCCGACCACUUCGAGAAGUACCUGAACAACAUAGUAUCUAAGAACAGUAUCGUCGAAUGCCGGAAUCUGACGUCCAAAUUCACCAUCGACGUGAUCGGAUGUUGCGCUUUCGGCCUCGAAAUGAAUACGCUGAAAGAAGAGGAUAAUGAGUUUUAUCAAGUAGGCCGUAAAAUCUUCCGCUCCACUCCAAGGGUCAUGCUCAGGACCAUGCUUCGAGAAGUGCCGUGGCUCUACAAGCGCUUCGGACAUAUCAUAUGUGAUCGUGAUGUAACCAAAUUCAUAACGGACAUUACCCGAGAAACUAUAGAGUAUAGGAAGCGGAACAAUGUGCGUCGGCACGAUUUCAUCGAUACACUUAUCGAGCUCAAGGAUAAUCCUGACAAACUGGGCGUUAAUAAUGUAACCGAUGAAUUCAUCGCUGCUCAAGCGUUCGUAUUUUUCGCGGCCGGUUUCGAGACUUCUUCCUCUACGAUGUCCUUAGCAAUGUACGAGUUAGCGCAGAAUCAAUCAAUCCAAGACAAAGUUCGAAAGGAGAUUAAAGAAGUUCUUGACAGCACUGGCGGAGAAAUAUUAUACGAAAGCAUCAAAAUGAUGACCUAUUUGAAUAUGAUCUUUCGAGAGACUCUUAGGAAAUAUCCAAUAGUAAUGUUUCUCACGAGGAGAGCUAUAAAAGAUUACACGUUUGAGGGAACUAAAAUCACACUACGAAAGAAGCAACAAGUGAUUAUACCCGUUCACGCUAUUCAGAACGAUCCGAACAUUUAUCCAGAUCCGGAAGUCUUUGAUCCUGAACGAUUUAGAGCGGAAAAUAUAAAGCAGAGAAACCCCAUGUAUCAUUUGCCAUUCGGAGAUGGUCCGAGAAACUGUAUCGGAGCCAGAUUCGCCGUUAAUCAAACGAUGGUUGGUUUAAUCAAAGUGCUAAUGAAUUAUAAAAUAGAUGUUUGCAAGGAAACUCAGAUUCCACUUAUCCAUAAACCAAUGAGCUCUUUGUUACUGCAAACUACACACGGCAUAUAUGUAAAAUUGACCAAGCUCUCUUAACAAGGUGCUUACAUCAGGUAAUUUGUAUAUAUUGUGUCAGAUAUAGAAUGUAUGUAUACACUUUUAAGUAAAUUAAACAAUGCAAAAUGAUGGAAGUGUCGCGUUUCAUCACGGACACAUAACAUUCGCGGCACAUGUUUAUAAUGCACUGUAAAUUAUAAAGUUGUCUAAUAAACCAAAAAUUAAAUAUAUUAUAGUGUCGCCAGUCGCGACACAUUCAAACGAUUUCACAUCCGUUUUACCGCAAACCUUGUUUGUUCGUUAACACGAAUACUGAAUAUCGUUUUUGGGUCAAGUUACUCUCAUGCAACUCCUUAUUAAUUUUAUACUGUACAUCUUAUGAUUAAAAUGGUAAAAUUAUCGAUAUACGUAUCAAUUUGUCAAGUAUGUAAUAUUAUCAGUAAUGUUAAGAUUGACUAGUAUAUAAUUUUGUGUGUGUGUGUGUGUGCGUGCGCGCGCGCGCACGUAUACGUGUGUGCGUGUGCGUGUGCGUGCGUGUGUGUGGAGGAGAGACAUAAUUUCACAACAAUUUUCUUCGUAUCAAAAGUAAAUAUGUACACUUGGCUUACUAAUCUUUAUCGUAUUCUUGUCUGCCUUUUAUAACAGAUAUCACGUAACAGGAUGUUAAUUAAACAUUACGUAAUAUCGGUAAUAAGGUUAAGAAUAAUUAAAAACAAUUAAUAUAAUUAUUGACAGUUCAAUGAUGUUCCAGUUUAAAUGCGCUGACAUGUAUUCCAAUAAUAUUCCUCGCUGUCAUGUCAUGCAUCAUAAAUAAUAUCGCUUUCUCAUUAAUGCUUAUUCAGAUACAAUAUAGGAUACUGUGAAUAGACGAGGCUGUUCUGACACAUUUCAAGUAUGUACAUACAUGUGUACUUGUUAUAAACGUAUACUAAUUAUAAUAUUAAUGAAAAUAUGUAUAAUUAGAAGUAAAUAAUACAAAUUAUAUUUUGAGUUUUAAUUUAACUUGUCUUUGAAUAACUUAUAAUAUUUGACAAGCUAACUGAGGCAUGCAAAAUUGUCCUCUUAACUACAUUAAAUUUGUUCCUAAUUAAGCUAUUUUUACUUACUUUAUUUGUACGAUAUUCGUAUUCUUAUUACUGUUUACUUUUUAAUUGGGUGUAUUUACUAUUAUGAAUGUUUGAUCUAAUUUAACAAGGGCAGAAAUAAUCUCAAAUGAUAAUAAAGUAUGAAUUGCGACAGUGAAACAUUUAAAAUACUGAGCACUGAAAAAAUUCUGUGCACACAGUUUCUGCUAUUAUAUUAGAAGCUAAACUCGGAUUACCAUUUCUGAAAUAGGAAUUGCAAACACGUACACAUGCGCGCACACAUACGCACAUAAAGUAGAAAAACUUUCUGAAGCACAGUUUCCUGUAAUAAGAAAGCAUAUGAAAGCAUAUUGAUUAUUGCUUAUAAAAAUAUGUGUGUAGGUGCGCGCGUUGAUUAUAUAUUAAGCAUAUAUACACUCUGAGAUUAUAUUCUAGCACAGAAAUUUAUUAAUUAAGCUUUUUAGGCGACCAUAACCAGCCCGUGUUUUAAUAGAGAAAAUUUAUUGAGAAAAAUAUUACCUCAGCCACGGUUUGAACUUGGCCUUUCAUACUCUUUAGGCGGGCGUCUCGCCAAUUCGACCACUGAGGCAUGUAAUAAUUUAUUGUUUUGAUAUAUUGUUAUAUUAGUAGUGGAACCAACACCGGAUAUUUCAUAAAAGUUGCCAACAUAAUUUCACGUAACGUAUUUUUCCACUGUAUCGCUAUUUUGGGUAUGAUAAGGAUAAGUGCUGAUAGUGUCGGUAUAGCAAAUAAAAGGUGACUGCUUUGACAAUCUUAAUACAUGACAUGAGAAUGUAACUACAUGGCGACUGGUUACAUCAUGUUUCAGAUAAAACUUGACAGUUAAACGCUGGUGAUAAAAUGGGGUACACAAUGCAUACGAUAAUUUUAAAUAUUUUACUCGAGUGUGCUUUACGCUGGUUCAGACAAUGUACUAUUAUAGCAAAAGUCUAUUGAUAAAAAGAAAACUAUUAAUAG